AUGUCCACACAGACUUCUGCAAGGCUCAACAAAGAACAACAAAAUAAGGUCUGGAUAACUAUUUGUCCAAUUCAUUUUCCUUUUUUAAAAUAUUUUUUUUCUCUUAUUAUACAGUUUGUAAUACUUAUUUUUUUUUCAUCACAGUGUAUCUUCUGAAAUCUUAAAAAAUUGUGAAAUAAAAGACUUAAACAAGCCAGUAAAGUCAGGCCUGCUGUGUGGUGGAAAAGUCUACUGUAUUUCAAUCAAAUUCCUCUAGGUUUUAACCCUACGCAGGGAUCUUCACAUGGGAGGAACGAAAACUUUUUCGUACUUUUCAUCUGAACCUACUCUUUACAAGAUAUAUAUGUAUUAAACGGUUAAAUGCAAUCAUCCAAGAAGUCAGGGAAAGCACAAGGUCCGGUGCAGCAAGAGAGCAGGGUUAAGGCAAGGUCAGUACAGAGUUGAGGAAAUGUGGACGGAGGACGUGGAGAGAGUGGAGGGAGGAGGCAAAGAGAGAGCAGAAGAACUAUAUAGAAUAAGAAAAGGCAGCAACCUCAGAGGGUAGCUUUUAUUUUAGCCACUUUGAAAAAAAUAAUUUGAUUAUACUCUGAGUAUAAAGGUGAUGCUAUUAUUGACCAGAAAAUAUGUCCAUGUGUCAAGAAAGAACUACAAAGUUACUACAAAAGUUAUGACAAGACUAAAAAGAAGACUGGUCUAUCGAAACUGAAAUAGAGUGUGCUUCUCUGUGCCUUCCUGUAUAUAUGCUGAUGUGAAAAAUAUUUGAUGCGGGUAAAAAUAAUAAAAUACUUCUGAUGUUGCAGAGACAUAUCAUGCUGUCUCUCUUGUUGUUCCCAAUUCUAUCUUUUCAGGGUGUUACACAGAGUUACAGUUCUUUAAAGCAUUUAAUUAGUUGUAAAUGCAUUUAAUGUAUAUUGGGCUGUGGUGGUAGGGCCCUGAAUUUCUAGUGACACCCCAGAUGAGACAGUCACAGUGUCCCUCGGACUUUUAAGCUGAGUGUAUUGAUGCAGCAUCUGUUAAUGAGGCAGCUAAGAAGCAAGCUGCAAAUGAAGAUGUUUUGGCUUCCAGCUCUGGGUUUGAGUAUGCCUCUAUAGAGACAACAAGCCAGGGUCCUGCUUUCCAUUAUCUCCAAAUGUGAACAACUGACUGCCCCUGUGCAGUACCCAUGACACUUUCAAAGUACAUUUUCAUUGAUUAGCUGCUGUAUUCUUAUCUUAAUUAUCUGCAGAGAGGUCUGAAGGGUCAGAUGAAAAUCCAAAGGCCACUUAAUGAGUCAGCAUUAUAUGUAGGCUCCAGUACGUAGUGCAUUAUAGAUCUACUCGUACACCUCUUCACUCAAAUCAACAUGCAGGCUACUUUUUUUUUUUUAAUAACAGAACUCUCAAAUAGCUUAACAGUUAAUGACAUAAAAGGUUAAUAUCAAGGAUGGAAAGGGUACUCAAAUAUUCUUUCUAAGUAAGAGUCCAGUAACUUUUAUAACAGUUUAAUAAAGCAGAAGUACAACUACUGGUCUGUAAUUCUACUAAAGUAAAAUUGAAAUUACUCCAUUAAAAAAAAUGCAUCUUAAUGAGUUACUUUCUUUAAACCCAUAGUGGUGAAAGGUGUGGAACAUGCUCCCAGUUAUGUAGAACAAAUGGCAUUUAGAUCUGAUUUUUGACUCUGCAACCAUACAGGGUGUAGCCUUUGCAUGCUCAAUUCAUGGUUGGCUGAGUACAGAGACUUAUUAUAUGAGCUAAAUACAAGGAAUGAAUUGACUAGUAUGUAAAAAUGGCACAAAAUUAAAUGGAGAAAAAGUUAUUUGAUCAAAGAAGCUAUGAGUUGAAUUAUUCUAAAUGUAAGAUAGAUAGAUAGAUAGAUAGAUAGAUAGAUAGAUAGAUAGAUAGAUAGAUAGAUAGAUAGAUAGAUUAGACCAAGUCACUGCAUAAGAUUUGAGUUUUUGCAGUAUAGACAAGACAUAACCAGUCAGAUGGAUGACAUGUACUUGACAGGUUACUUUAUUUUACCUCUCACAAACCGAUGAAAUGUUUAAUGUAAUGAGAAAUAGUACUUCCUAUAAAAUAUGCUUAAUAGUUAAAGUCCUGAUAUAAAAACUAGACCAAAAUAUAAACCAAAAAAGGCUGUAUAAUGACGGUUAUUUGAGCACAAGUGGUUGGUUACUUUACCCCCUGAUAACAAUCCAAUAAAAGAAUACUACCCAAACCAAACACGCAAUGGCCAGCGUUUUUCAGUUUUAUAUUUUCCAGUUCUUUCCAUUUUGGGUUAUGUUUCGACCAAACAGUGAGUGGUUUUGCAUUUCAGAUUAACUUUGAAAUAAAGGACUACUUCCAUGGGUGUCUCAGAUUGACAUUGUCUUAAUCAAGAAGUGCUUGUUUUCCUGAUUUUAUACCGAGCACGCUCACUGAUGGUGGAGCUCUCGCGCUACUCCUAAGCAGAUAGCGAAAGUACAUUCUAGAACGGCUGCAGCUGACGGGCGACCGGCGCUCGUGCUCAAAACUAGCGUAUGAAACCCGUACGUCACGAGAGAGGCAGGAAAAAACGCGAUACUUGGAGAUCCAGAAGUGUAUCUGUUGCUAACGUUAGUUAACUGUUUAGGUCUCAGCGUACAGAUUCACCGGGCACUAUAGCUAGAUAAUACUUUUAUCUAUAUCGGGGUCCGAGGAAGGGAAGCAAAUUAAUAAAACAGUGGAAAUGUAAGUCUUCAGUUUACUAUUUCAUCAUUACACAGUCAGUGGGUCGCGGUUGUAUGGCGCACAGCGGUUCAACUAGCUAACAUUGGCUAACUAUGCUAAGCACACGAGUUAGCUGCAGCGGUGCAGUCAUAACUUAAUAAACCUUGGGGAUUGCUGUGACUAAAAGUCGCAUCAUAUUUUCACCUCUACAGAUGGUCAGAUUUCCUUCAGUGUAUUUCAAUAUUACAGCACUGUAUCCAGUAACUGGACGGACUUUCAGUUAGUUUUGUUUACGCGCCUGAUGACAGUUCAGUUAUGUUAGCUAGCAAGCUAAUGUCAGGCAACACAAGGGUAACGUGAACGUUAGCAGAGAGGAAAAACCUGGUGUCAUCAUCGAUCUUACCGAAGCUAACACAAGCUAACAGGCUCAAAAGCGAUAGCAGUUCGUAUAUGAAUAAACUGUCUUCAGUUACAUACCCUAACUUAAAAAUACUUAUCGAAAAGUCUGUAAACGCAGCAUUAAUCCGCUCCAAGUGAGGACUGAAACCUGAGUGCAGCUGUGCUUGGUGUACGUUAUCCACUAUGAAGUAAACAGGCACACCAUUUUGAUCAGAAGGCCACCCUUCAGCUUUUUUCUGGACAUAAGUCAUCACUUUAAAGCGAUAAAUGUUACCCAUGCCAACUUAGAGUGAAUGAAUGAAGCCUUCGUCAACAUGGUUCAAACGUGACCUCAAAUGCACUGCACGGCAAACACGUGGGUCACUAGAGCAGAUCACCCAUCACGGGCUGGGAAGCUGAUAUGCUAUUGGUUUAACAAUUGGGACACUUAUAAAGACUAACCAUGUCUGUUUAAAGAAAAUUGUCUACAAAGAUGGUUAUUGAAUGAUGUAUGUUACGUCUGUUUUUUGUCAUCAGGCAGCCUGCAACAGCCAAGUGGUAUGACAGAAGAGACUCUGUCUUUGUAGAGUUCUGCGUGGAGGACAGUAAAGAUGUGCAGGUCAUCUUUGACUCAGCAAAAUUAGCUUUCAGGUAGGUUGCACUGGAGCAUAUUAAACUGUCUUAUUUUAAGAGUUUAAAAAAAACUGUGUUGUUGUAUUUUUAGAGGCUUAAUUUUCCACAGUACUCAGAGAAAAGAUGUGCUUAAUCUGAGAUUGUACAGAGGCCCACAGUAUCCCUCAAUGUGCCCACUACACCAUAUGCCAGCAGUCAUAUGCAGGGGGGUUUUGCAUUAUGUCACUGGGCAGUAGAUAAGCAUUAGUAAUUUGUUACCAGUAAACCACUUAUUUUUUAUUUUAUUUUUUUAUGUGUGUGUGUGUAAAAAAAAUUGUAUUUGACUAUGUAUAUGCGAUAUAGUGACCUCAAUGUUUGUUUUCCUUGUUUGUCUAUCAUUUGUUGAAGAAGUAUGGUUAUUUAGUACCUUAGUUAUAACUUUAAAGUGAAUCAGUCAGCCAGAGUAGUUGAGGGCAGACACACUGCAAUCCUACAUCAUGGUAACCAGCCUUUCAGGAAAUACUUGAAAUGGUCUCAGCUUUUUUAUUGGCAUAUUUAUGAUGGGCAGUGGCGCUGAGCUGCUUUUGAUGCAGGAUCAUAGUUCAUAUGCAACCAGUUGCUCUCCUGGCUACAGAACUGAGAUUGACAUUUAGAAAAGUGUUACACUAGGGAUGAAAAAAAAUUACAAGAGGGAGAUUUUUUUAUUAAGCCCUUCCAGAAAAAAAUGAAAUGUUGAGAAUGGAGUUGAAGUUUUGAGAGAAAAAAAAAAAAAAAUUGAGCAUUGAGAAAAAGGUCAUGGUAGGUCAGUGUAGAUGUCCCAAUUCAGCAUAAAACUGUUCCCAGGUCAAACCUGCUACUAUGUAUUGUAUUGUAUUGCAUUAUAUUGUGUUGUAUUGUAAACAUGCCACAGUGCUUCACUGGUUUAUUUAUGAAAUGUUGAUUAUUUCAGUUGCAUUCCUAAAUGACUGAGAACAAAUAUAGGUUAAUCCGCUUUUCAAUUUAUAAAAAGUGCUAACUUUAUUAUUUAACAAAAAUGCAACUAAAAAGGACACCAAAUGAAGGGUACUUUUAUUUAAUGUGUUGGUUUAAUUGUUAUUAGCCCAUAUUAGCUGAGGUAGCAUCUUGUGCUAAUUUAAACCCUUCUAGUUUGGGAUGACAGUCUGCACAGUUACUACAUACCUACCAUUUGUUUUGAUAAUCGAUUGGUUUUUAUUUAGUGAACUAACACAAUGAGCAGGGAAAGGCAAGUGUUGACAACCCAGUGACCCAGUGACCCAGAAACAGUUGUAUAAGGUAGUGAUGGCACCCCUUAGCUUCUUUCAUGAAAGCUUUCUGAUUUAUUUGAUCUUUUCUCUGAGGUUUUAACUUAAUUCAGGACAUUAACACUUUUUUUUCUGAAGUGCAUCAUUUAAAAAUAAGUAAAUAAUAAUUCCCUCCAAUUAUUUUUUUCUCAUCCCUGGCACCAAAAGACUUCCAUUCAAACAGAUCAGCUGAGGCUAACUCACUUUUAUGUCAUCACACAGGUACCAAAUAACCAUACUUUCAGUGCAUAUGAAAAACACAUUAGACAUUUCUUUAUAUUUUAACACAACAAUGCGUCUACAUUGUCAUUAAAUGAAUAUGUUAGCUGUGGCAUGCGGGUCUAAAGCCAAGUGACAUAGUGCAGAACCACUGGCAUCUUCUGCUAAACGACCAGCACAUACCUCGACUCAUUGGAAUAUGCUGUGCUUACCUUGUGGCAUGCUAUAGGCCACAAAAGUGUGCUUUUUGGAGACGAGGCCAAGCUUCUUGCAAUGAAGAAGAAAUGACGCAAUACAAAUAACACCUUGUUUUUGACUUGUUGAAAGUUAUACAGAAAACAUCAUGACCUCUUUUCUCCCCAUGUUACAGUUGUUUGAAUGGAACAGAUAAUAACAAACUCCAGAAUUCAGUGGAUCUUUUCGGGGAGAUUGAUAUCAAAGUAAGUGUCUCACCCAUAGACAUGGUAAGUGUUUUAUCAUGAGUUUUAUUCCUUCAUAGUCUCAAUCUGUGUCGCUCUUUGUUCUUUUAAGGCAUCGAAACACAGACGCACUGACAGGUCUGUGCUGUGUUGUUUACGAAAAGCAGAGGCUGGGAAAUCAUGGCCGCGACUUACCAAAGACAAGACAAAGGUAACUCUUUUCUUCUGAAAAGGUUUAGAAAUUCAUAUGUCAGUCACUCAGCAGUUAGCUGUCUAAUCUGACCAAGUUCCACAUUAAAAUAGUUUUAACCAAAAUAUUAAAUAUUAUAAAGUUAAAUUAACAUGUAGAUAAAUUGCCCUACUUUAAUGCUUGAAUCCAUCUUAUCUCAGUGCAACUGGCUGAGUGUGGAUUUCAAUAACUGGAAAGACUGGGAAGAUGAUUCAGAUGAGGACUUGUCAAGCUUUGACAAAUUCUCAGAGGUAAGACUCCCAAAUAUGCCUAAUGUGUGUGUCUGCCCUAAUAUCUGUAGUGCUGACAUGUUGGCUCUGUGCAUUUCUCCAGAUGAUGAACAGCAUGGGAGGAGAUGAUCUACCUGAUUUAGAUGGUGCAGAUGAAGAGGUUUGUGUUUUAAAAUAUAUGAACUGCUUUUUGAGUAGGAUUAACAUCAUCUUUUAAGAGAAGAAAUUCAAACCAGGUCAUGAAGAAUUUAAAUUGUUUUUCUUGUUUUGUAGCGUGACUCGGCAGACAGUGAUGAUGAAAGUAAGUAAUUUUUGAUCAGUGAAAGAAAAGAUUAUAAGUGGUCAAUUUUUAUUUGAUUUCACAGUGACCUUACAGUAGCUAUGCAUUCGUCAAUGUGCUUCAGUCUCACCACGUUCUCAUGUUUUUGCUCUCCAGAAAUGCCUGACCUUGAGUAG